UUUGCACUGAUGGUUCGCCUGCAUAUGCACGCACCUAUCCGUCUAUCUGUCGAACACCAUGGCUGAUACGACCGGCCCCAACACCACACGCGCCAGCCGAGUCGUCACCGGGAAGCGGCGCUUGAACGCAACACCCACACCAUCAGACACAUCCGGCUCGGUCGUGUACACAUCAACACUCACUGCCGACAACCGACAACACCAAACACAGCAGAUGGCACAUGCAACUCAUGCCGAGAGAGAGGUUUGUGCUGACCCGUGAAGGUGUUGUAGACGUCCUUGAUAGUGAUCCACGCGACGAAGGGAUGGCUGCUGUCGGUCAGCACGAGACGGCGGCACGAAACCGUGCCGGCACAGCGUGACGCUGUCGUAGUGCAUCCUUCAACUGGUGCGUGGGGGGACUGCCUGAGGAGGGUGUGCAGCCGAUCGUUGCCCGCAAACCUGACGAAUUACCGGACGCACAACAGACGCAUCACAGGAACAUUUAAAGGCCCGCGUGUCAUGAUCGCAUCCUACUAAGGACUCACCUGUCGAUUACUUUGGUCGUCAAGCUGGUCUGGUGGGAGUCACGGAAGUGGCAGAUGACGAUGCCCUUGGCGAACGACGACACAGACGAGUUCACGAUCGAAUAACGACCCCCCAGCCGCACCCAGCCUGUAUCCUCUGAGUAGGUGAUCCUGCUGCUGACUGGCGGGUUGUGGUCCUGUCCGUGUCGCUGGUACACGUCACCGACAAAGCCGUCGAACUCGAAGCCGUCCUGGUCUCUGAUGGCCCGCAGCCUCUCGCCGUCCUGGAACAACUGGAAGGUCACGCUGUUGCCGAAGUUGAUGUGGCGGCCGACCAUACAUAGGUGAGACAGCAUACGUGGCUCGGCCAAAUACGCCUGCACACCCAAGACAUGAACACAGGACCACACACACGAUGAGAGCCAUCCCGUUCCUCUCUUGUCUUUGCUUACCGUCUUGUGUGGGUAUUGGUGCAGAUCAUCAGCAGUGAGGGUGACGGGAAGCUGGCAGCAACCGCACUGCCCCGCCAGCUCAAUCACCUCGCAGAUCUCUCCCCAGCCGCCCAACUCAAUCACACACACUGCCGCCAGCAGCUCAGCCACACCCAACUGCUCAUCGUCGAACGUCAGCAGCUGUAUUGUUGGCCGUCCGUUGGCCGUUCGCCGCAGCCCCGCCUGUGUGCCGAGAGAGUGGCCGAGCCGCUGCCGCAGCUGAGGCGCUCCGAAGAGGUCGCUCAGCCAUGUGCAAACUGCCCUCAGACGCAGGACGUCACCGACACUGAGCAGAUAGAAGUUGCGCCGGCCGACGAAGAUGUAAGUGAAGGGUUGCUGCUCCUGCUGCUGCUGAGAGUGCUGCAUGCCUGGCAGCAUCCCUUGCUCGCCAAUUGGAGGGUCUGGAGGGCCGCAACGGGCUGGUCCGUUCUCCUGUACGGGCUUUGAGUCUGAGCCCCAAGAGAUUCUGCAUGCUGGUGUAUGCUGAUGACAAAGCGAAGGGCCGAAAGCGAUAGCUGAUGCGUCUGGG